AUGCCUUCAGAUCAGGAAGAAACGCAGUCCACGGCGGGCGACCUGCCUGAUGCGCCAGCUCCUGCCAGCAAAGUCCCUUGUCAUUCAUUCAAGAAAAAAUUUGCCAAGCUCAAGGUCAAGUUUGAGUUGGAAAUGCGUGAGAGCGAGGCGCUCAUAAAGGAGCAGCUUCGUCAACUUCUCGAAGUACUUAUGGAAUUUAACGAGAGUCUUUAUAUCCCGCCUAAUCUGCGUUACGACCUAACUUUGCCCGGGGAAACACCACUCACUCUAACGUCGGAAGACGAGGACAUCCCUCCGUCUACCUAUACCACGACUGCGGCCAAGUCCGCUUUGAAAGAGGCACAGGCAGAGCUGAAUUCUGGCCAGAUCACACCUGAUACCUAUCGUCGUCUAGAAAAAGGAGUGAAACGCAGCACGGCUUUUCGACCGGCUAUCCAAUAUUCAUCUCUGCGACAGAUUGCACAACCCGGCUGGUCGCUGUCACUUGAUGGUCAAGAUGAGGAUCCUUCAUUGUUACUCAAUAUCAAUUAUUUGACUCCAGAUCAUGAGCAUGAAUACUUAUUAGCAAUCGAUGCGAAAUUGGGCGAUUCGAGUGCGGACAAGCAGCUGAAACAGCUGCCCGAGAAGCCAACGAUUAGUGAUCGCGAGCGAGAGGCGAACCUACAGAAUCCCAACUCGGUGUAUAACUGGCUGCGUCGCAAUACUCCGCAGGUUUUUCUACAGGAUAAUGAAAACGCGUCUGAGAAGGGGACCGGCCAGCGUCCUGCCAACGCGCGCUCGUCAAAACGGGCUUCCCUGGCUCGCCCACCGGCCAAGGAAGAAGAUAUGUACGAUGAGGACGGCAUUGCUCUUGAAGUACCUGCACCAUCAGCCUCCAAGGGCAAACGCAAGCGUGAAGAAGACACGGGAUACCGCCCCAAGGGAGGCCGCGCAAGCACCAGUCGUAAGAAAAAGGAGACCGAUGGCAACUACUCGGGUCGUCGUUCAUCGAAGCGCUCUUCUGGAGUGGGUGCUUGA